AUGUGUUACUAUCGCUGCGCCUAUUCCAAAGACCGAAACUGCAACGCUACGAAGCGGGUGCAACAGAUCCAAGACAGCCCUCCUGUGUACAGAACAACUCAUAUCGGAAAACACCUCUGUGAAGUUACUUCUCUUACGGAGCCUAAUGAAGAUAUUAGCAACGGUUCCAAUAUGAUUCGGUUCGACAAAACCGACCAAGCCAUGCCUGAAUUGGUCAUGCCUCAGCUCGCUUCAGUAGAACAACAAGCAACUACCAUCGAAGAAGACACGGACCAAACCAUGAACCUAGAAUUUGACAUUAACGAGUUUUUGGUGGAUGAUGACCAGCUAUGGGCGUAUCAGUUUCCUCCGUUUUCUCCUGGAAAUCUUAUGCUGUUGGACGAUCUUUCUGAGUUUGAUUACAAUUCUUUCCAGCUUUGA